AUUUAUUAUUUUACAGCUCUGGAGGUCAGAAGUCUGAAAUGGGUAUCACCUGGCUGAAAUCAAGGAGUCAGCAGGGCAGAUUCUCUCCGGAGGCUCAAGGGCAGAGCCCCUCCCCUUGCCUUUCUAGCCUCUCGGGGCUGCUUGCAUCCCUUGACGGUGGUUCCUUCCUCACAACUGCAUCACUCCAAUGUCUGCCUUUCUCACAUCUUUCUCUCCCUCUUCUGACUCAGAUCCUCCUGCCUCUCUCUGUCUCAUAAAGACCCUUGAUUACAUUGGGCCCAGGUGGAUAAUCCCCCCCAUCUCAAGAUCUGUAACGUAAUCACCCUUUCAGCAGUCCCUUUUGCCACAUAAGAGAACAUAGUCACAGGUUCUGGGGAUUAGGGUGUGAACAUCUCUGGGGGGCCAUCAGUCAGCCUCCCAAAGCCACCCACAGUAUUUUGGCCAGAUUUAAACACAACCCCUUAAAUAUCUGAUUUUAGUUUAAGAUAAACUCCUCAACUACAGCUCCAGGGUUCCCCACCAGGGUUCUUAUUCACCUACCUGUGUGACAGUACAGAUGACACUUGUAUUUGUGUGGUCAGGGUCUGUCUGUGUGUGGAGGUAGGUGGGGAAAGAGUCAGAGGCGUGUGAGAUGUGAGCCUCCCGAGGGGCUUAUUAUUGGAAAGACUUCUGUGUGCCAAAGAUAACUUACAAAACGGGGCAGAAUCUGACCAGCAGUGGAAAAUUUACAUCAGCUGAUGGGAAGACAAAAUCAUAAGAGCCAAGAGUAAGUUAGGGCCUGAUUAGAAAUGUGUCCUUGAAUAUAUAUGACAUGUUCAUACAUUUCAAAGUACUUCUGCCUCUCUUAUUUAGAUUGGACAUAAUAAGAACUUAUGCUGUCGUAAUAUCCAGGUGAGGAAACAGAUUAUAGGAAACGGGUUCAGGGACAGGCCUGGAGUGGCCUGGCCGGGUGGAGCAGAGCUGAUGCACGGGCCCAGAGGCAGGCCUCAUUCAGUUUUAGAAGUGCAGGGGUGAAGGGUUGGUGUGAGAGGGAAGGAAUUGGAGCAGCGCUUACAUGGCACAGGUGUAAGCGGAGGCUGGACGGGAGGCCUGGGUCCUGACUUCAGACUCAGGAGUUUGGAGCUUAUCCUCUAGAAAACUACGAGCCAUUUGAGCCGGGGCUUGACAUGAUGAAAAUGGAUUUGGAGAAGGUUAAUCUGGCAGCAGAUGGGCUGUAGCUUGGAGACAGGGAACUUGUGGGGGUCAGAGGGGUUCCCCAGCACUGUCAAAAGCCUGUGCUUACCUGGCGGAAGCCUCCUGUGCUGUUAUCUCCUCUGAGAGUGGUAUUGACCAUGGUGAGGAUUACCAGCGGUAUUUAUGUCCUGGUUGUCUAGGCACUCCAAGCAGGCCGCCAGCACACCAGACCACCUGUCCUGAACGAUGCCUCACACCACAGCUGAAUCAGCCUCACUGGCCCCCGAGAGAGGGCGAGUCUGCUCUCCCCGAGUCAGAUCUGGUACUGUACCCAGCCCGGGUGCUGGGGUAGAAAUCGCCCUGAAGGAUGGCUUCCAUGUUGGGGGACACCAUCAUGGUGGUCAAAGGCCUUGCCAAGCUGACCCAGGCGGCCGUGGAGACCCACCUGCAGCACCUGGGCCUCAGCAGGGAGCUCAUUAUGGCGGCCAGGGCCCUGCAGUCCACGGCCGCAGAGCAGAUCGGCAUGGUCUUGGGGCAGGUGCAGGGUCAGGAGAAGCAUGAAGAGUCUUAUACCAAGACCUCUGGUGACCCGCAAGCAGAAUUCCACUCCUCAGGGCUGAGGGCCGAGGGCGCCUCCGAGGAGCUGUCUGCGGCCUCCUCCCCCGAUCAGUCCCCUCCGCCCUGGGAUCACGCCCGCAGCCAGGGCCCAGCUCCUGCCUAUGUUGCCAGUGGACCCUUUAGGGAAGGCGGGCUCCGGGGCCAGGCCGCCUCCCCUAUGGGCAGGGUGAACGGGCCGCUCUUUGCGGACCCCAGAGACCCAUUCUCUGCCACGGGCCUGCAGCGAAGGUUCUACCACCAGGACCAGUCCCCUGUGGGGGGCCUGACGGCUGAGGACAUUGAGAAGGCCCGGCAGGCCAAGGCUCGCCCGGAGAGCAAGCCCCACAAGCAGAUGCUCAGUGAGCGGGCUCGCGAGCGGAAGGUGCCAGUUACGCGGAUUGGGCGGUUGGCCAACUUUGGAGGUCUGGCCGUGGGUCUGGGCUUCGGGGCCCUGGCCGAGGUCGCCAAGAAGAGCCUCCGCCCUGAGGACCCCUCAGGGAAGAAGGCCGUGCUGGAUUCCAGCCCCUUCCUGUCAGAGGCCAACGCGGAGCGCAUCGUGCGGACGCUGUGCAAGGUGCGCGGGGCGGCGCUCAAGCUGGGCCAGAUGCUGAGCAUCCAGGACGACGCCUUCAUCAACCCCCAUCUGGCCAAGAUCUUCGAGCGGGUCAGGCAGAGCGCAGACUUCAUGCCGCUGAAGCAGAUGACGAAAACUCUCAACAACGACCUGGGCCCCAGCUGGCGGGACAAGCUGGAGUACUUUGAGGAGCGGCCCUUUGCAGCCGCCUCUAUCGGGCAGGUGCACCUGGCCCGCAUGAAGGGCGGCCACGAGGUGGCCAUGAAGAUCCAGUACCCCGGCGUGGCCCAGAGCAUCAGCAGUGACGUCAACAACCUCAUGGCCGUGCUGAACAUGAGCAACAUGCUUCCAGAAGGCCUGUUCCCUGAGCACCUGAUCGACGUGCUGAGGCGGGAGCUGACCCUCGAGUGUGACUACCAGCGAGAGGCCGCCUGUGCCCGCAGGUUCAGGGAGCUGCUGAAGGACCACCCCUUCUUCUACGUGCCCGAGAUUGUGGACGAGCUCUGCAGCCCCCAUGUGCUGACCACGGAGCUGGUGUCUGGCUUCCCCCUGGACCAGGCCGAGGGGCUGAGCCAGGAGAUCCGGAAUGAGAUCUGCUACAACAUCCUGGUCCUGUGCCUGAGGGAGCUGUUCGAGUUCCACUUCAUGCAGACAGACCCCAACUGGUCCAACUUCUUUUAUGACCCUCAGCAGCACAAGGUGGCUCUUCUGGACUUCGGGGCAACUCGGGAAUAUGACAGAUCCUUCACGGACCUCUACAUCCAGAUCAUCAGGGCUGCUGCUAACCGGGACAGGGAGGCCGUGCUGAAGAAGUCCAUCGAGAUGAAGUUCCUCACCGGCUACGAGGUCAAGGCCAUGGAAGAUGCCCACUUGGAUGCCAUCCUUAUCCUGGGGGAGGCCUUUGCCUCGGAGGAGCCCUUUGACUUUGGCACCCAGAGCACCACCGAGAAGAUCCACAACCUGAUCCCCGUCAUGCUGAAGCACCGGCUUGUCCCGCCGCCCGAGGAGACCUACUCGUUGCACAGGAAGAUGGGGGGCUCCUUCCUCAUCUGCUCCAAGCUGAAGGCCCGGUUCCCCUGCAGGGCCAUGUUCGAGGAGGCCUACAGCAACUACCGCAGGAGGCAGGCCGAGCAGCAGUAGCCGCGGGCCCGGCCGCUAGGCGGGACCCUCCGUCCUCCUGCCGCUAAAACUCGUAGGAAGCCAGUGGUACCCACGCUCCAUUUAAGCUUCACCCAGUGAGAGGUGGCCGCGCUGAUGGGGGGGCCGCUGCUCAGAGCCCGUGGCCAGCACUUAUACACGGUUCUCAUCGCUGAGUGGGUGUGGGGUGAGAGGCGCCAGCACGGAAAUGCAGCCCCACUGCUGUCUGGCAGAAUCUGCUUAUUGUUUACUCAUCCUCUGGAAUGACUCUCGAUAAAAAGACGAUUUUAUUUCCUUUUCCUUUUUGUAACAGGGCUUUUUGCUAAUGUGAAUGGUAACCAGAAGAAGAUGAGAGUUCUCCCUUUGAAUCCCUGCCACCAAAAAAGAACCAAAAACAAAACAGAAAAGCCUUUUUGGAUUUUAUGGAGUGUGUAAUACAAGGUUUGUGUGUGUGUGUUUCUAGAAUGAGAUUUGUGUUUUCUGCCUUUUCCUCUCCAGCUUGGAUCUGCACCUGGGAGAAGUGCUGAUCUGAGCAGUGCCAACAAGCACUACUUCUCCAAGCGAGGCCCACCCACACCUGCUCUCUGGCUGGUUCCUAGAGGCUUUUUUUGACAAGCAGAGGUUUCCAGAGAACUGCUGCCUCCUGUGGGGAGGGGCAGGAGCCCCAGAAGGGGAGAGAAAGCCGCGUGCUCUCUGGGUGUGUGUGGGCCCUUCUUCCCGCUCCGGCGCCUGGGCCUUUUGUGGAAGGUGAUGUGCACGUGUCAUCUGCUUGGACCCAAGGGGUCGUUUCAGGCUGUUAACCUCUGUACAAUUCUUGUAAUUGUCUGAUUUACUUGUUUCAAUUAAAAAAAAAAAAUGCUA